AUGGCCGACCAAGACAAGUCAAACCUCGACGCCAAGCAGCCAGGCACAGUCGGCCGUGAGUUCGAAGCUGAUGGCAAGAUUGGUCAAGUCGGAGAGAAGGUUGGAGGACCAUUCUCCUCGCAGGGCUCAGUAGGCUCUCAAUUCACAAAAGAGGGCGCUAUCGGUGGCAAGGCACAAGAAGCCGCUGAGGACAAGAGCGUAUUCCACAAGGAUGGCGCUGUAGGCAAGGAGUUCCAGCCAGACGGCAAGAUUGGUUCGAUCGGUGAAGCUGUCGGUGGUCCAUUCAGCAGCCAGGGAGCUAUUGGCAAGCAGUUCACCGACAAGGGAUCUGUUGGUGGCACGAUCCAGGACCAGGUCAACAAGAAGUAA